CAGCUGUAAUCUGAGAGCAACGUCAGCCCCACCCUCUGUGGUUCCUGAUUCUCAGAUACUUUCAGUUUCACUCCUCUCUUCUGCUGCCAGCGAUGGCGUCUGCUGAUCUGAGAAAGGAGCUGGACUGUUCCAUCUGCCUGAGCAUUUUUACAGACCCUGUAACUCUGAGAUGUGGACACAACUUCUGCCGGGUCUGUAUUGAUCAAGUGCUGGAUGCACAGGAGGGGUCUGGAGUUUAUUCCUGUCCUGACUGCAGAUCAGAGUAUCAGAAGCGUCCUGCACUGAUACAGAACAUAACACUGUGUAACAUAGUGAGGAGUUUCCUGUCUACUCAGCCAGAUCAGGAGGAGACUGGGAUCUACUGCACUUACUGUGUGGACUCUCCUGUACCUGCUGCUAAAUCCUGUCUGAUGUGUGAGGCUUCUCUGUGUGAUAAACACCUGAGAGUACACAGCAAGUCAGCAGAACACGUCUUAUGUGAUCCCACCACUGCCCUGGGGAACAGGAAAUGCUCUGUCCAUAAGAAGAUCCUGGAGUAUUACUGCACUGAGGACGCUGCCUGUAUCUGUGUGUCCUGCAGUUUGGCUGGAGAACACCGGGGACACCAGGUGGAGUUGCUGGAUGUGGCCUCAGAGAAGAAGAAGAAGAAGAAACUGAGAAAUGUUCUGCAGAAACUGACAAUAAAGAGAGAGGAGGCAGAGAAAAGAGUCCAGAGCCUGGAGGAGAGCAGGAGAGGUGAUCAGAAAAAAGCUGCUGGUGUAACAGAGACAGUCACUGCCCUGUUUAGAGACCUCGGGAGACAGCUGAAAGACCUGGAAAAGAGAGUCCUGAGUGAGAUCUCCAAGCAGGAACAGCGUGUUUCACUCUCAGUCUCUGAUCUGAUCCAGCAGCUGGAAAUAAAGAAGGACGAGCUGUCCAGGAAGAUGCGUCACAUUGAGGAGCUGUGUAACGUGUCUGACCCAGUGACUGUCUUGCGGGAACCAGACACAGGUGAUUGGUGUGAUGCUGGGGACAGAGAGAGACAUGAUAAUCAGAUCCAUGGUGAAGGAGAUCUGGAUGUGGGACAUGUCUCAGAGACAUUACACACAUUAUAUGAUAUAAUAACCAGUAUAAAUAAAGGAAUCUAUGUGCAGGAAUCUACUGACAGAGUGCAGGAGGUAAACCCAGUGGGUAAUACAGAAUCUUAUGUAAUCACAGGUGUAAGGAAAGGAAAUAAUGCUCCAGACCCUACAGAAAAGGCACUGGGUGUAACCCCAGUGGGACAUGCCGAAUCUGAUAUUAUAGCUGGUAUAAAAAUAGGGCUCUAUGUGCACCAAGGUACAAGUAUACUACUGGAUAAAAACACAGCUAGUAAUUAUAUAUGUUUGACACAAGAUUGGUAUCCACGUGAAGUGAAUGACACUGCAAGAUGGUCAGAUAAAAGCCUGAAUCGUCCAGAAACACCAGAGAGAUUUCAGCAUUAUAACCAGGUGCUAAGCACCAGCAGCUUUUCCUCAGGGCGUCAUUACCUGGAUAUGACUGUCAGUCAUUUAGGGUGGUGGAGUGUAGGGAUGAGCUAUCCCAGUAUAGACAGGACAGGAGAGCAGUCACACAUUGGGUAUAAUGACAAGUCCUGGGCUUUGUGUAAGGGGUUGUGUGACCAGUAUUCACUGAUACAUGACGGGAAACGGAUCCGGUUACACGGCAAUAUUUCCUGUAAUAAUGUGGGGAUAUAUCUGGACUAUGAGGCUGGACAGAUGUCCUUUUAUGCUCUGGUUCCAAUAAGGCGCUUACACACCUUCUCUGCCACCUUCACCGAGCCCCUUCAUGUUGCAUUAUGUGUAGGGAAAGAUUGUCAACGCAUAUCUGGGAAUGUCAGGAGUUGUGAGAAAUGAUCACAAGAAACCCACCCCGAGGCACAUCUGAUUGGUGAAACAUAUAGAAUGAAGCAGUGGGUGGAGCUACAGCUGAGCGCCUUAGCUGUAGAAUAACUAGAUGUCCCGUGUGCCUGGAUGUGGGACCUAAUUCAGACCUGAUCGCUGCUGUGUGAAUUCGCAAGGCAGACGAUUAUCGAGUGACUGCGCAUGCAUACGGAUCGUACUGCGCAGGUGCGAGGCCAAAUUGCCAAAAAAUCCUGCAUUUUUUUGAUCACUAGGCGUACGUAAGUUGAUGACAGGAAGUGGGAGUUUGUGGGUGGUAAAUGGCCGUUUUUUGGGGGAGUGUCAGGUAAAACGCCGGCGUUCCCAAGUGUUUUCAGGGAGGGUGUGUGACGUCAGCUCCGCCCGAUCAGCCUGUUUAUAUCGCACUGUAGGAGUAGGUCCUGGGCUAUGCACAGACUGGAAAAAUCAUUAGAUGGUGAGUGAGUUGCGAACGGAUUUGCAGCUGACCGGCGUUCGCAGAGAAUUUCACACGGCGUACGCAGACUUGCACGGGGUGGAUUUUCACUCAAUCUGGGCGGCGGCUAUCUGAUCGCAAACCUCUGCAAAUUCACAGAAGAGCAAUCAGGUCUGAAUUAGGCUGGUGUGUUACACACUUUCAAUAUACAUUUGGUAUUUGUCAAUUAAUUCUUUGUUCUGAUAGCUGUGAUUGGCUGCAGUAACUGUCAGUCAACCGGUGUAUUCCCUGUUACUGCAGUCAGUGCUACACAGCGGCACCCAGUGGCUGGAUCUCUGCAAUGGGUGAAUGGGGUGUUGUCUUUUAGGGAGGAGAAAAAAAAUCAAACUUUCGAGAGAGAUAAAGUGGAGAAGUUGCCCAUAGCAACCAACCAGCUUCUGUCAUUUUAUUGGCUGUGCUAAAUUAAUGAUAGCUGGAAGCGGAUUGGUUGCUAUGGGCAUCCAAGGUUUAAUACUGUUUAUCUCCCUGCAAAGCUUCUGCUACUGGGAACUGCCGUCCAAAACUAUUUUUCUUUAAUAAAACGGAAUGGGUGGGACUACAACACCCAGCAUGAUGCAUUACUUAGUUUUAUUUACUUCAUAUUUGUCAUAAUCACAAAGUAUAAUUAUUUUUGUUUCUAUUAUAAAAGUGCUUGUAAUACAGGGUGAUGGAUAUAGAAAAUGAGCAAGUUGCUAUAAUACACUUGUUAUAAUCAUUUCUACAUUAGGGUUAGUGAUUAUGCCAGUUCUUCUACCUAAAAUGCUGGGAUACAUAUCUGGGAUACCUGUAAUCUGAUUGCCACAUUUGAUGUUUAACAAAAUAAAAAUUGCUUAUACUGA